AUAGCGGUAUACGCGGUGGAAACCAGCCGGGCAACCUCCACCGUUCGACACCGUCGCUCGGCGCUUCAGUUCGUGUCCUCUCGUUGCACAGGACGGUGCGGUCGCGCCGGCGUCGUUCCUCGUUCGCGGAAAUACAAACUGCACAGAAGGGAGAAAACGUAAAAGCGUGUAAGAGAGAGGAUAAACGGAAAGGGGAGAGCGAACGGACUUGUGUGUCGCGCGAAAAAAAAGAAAAAAAACCAACCGCGAAAUUCGAACAAACAUCGGAACAGUAGCACGGGUGUCUUACAUCGAGAGAUUGUCGUUUGUUUUUCUCUAUUCAUGCUCGUAUUUGAAACGCGAGUCGCUCCAAAGGUGUCGUCGAUCGCACCGGCAACUUCGCAGCGAAGAAGUCUACAAUGUGAAAGUGGUGAUAAUCCAGUGCGCGAUUAUAAUCCGUUCGCGAAGCGUCCCAUCUUCGAUAAAUUCUUCUCGCCGAUUAUACGGUGCAACGAUUCGCGUCGAGUAGUACGAGUGGAGUGGUGAACCGUUGAAGAGAGAGAAAAGGGGAGGGAAAAAAGGAGAGACAGCGCACGCGAGAGGAGCGCGUACACUCUCUUUCUCUCUCUCUCUCUCUCUCUCUCUCACUCUCUCUCUCUCUCCUUCGCCUCGUUGCGUCGCGCGCGCGGUGCACCGCCGCCGUCCGUCCACCUUUCGCGUUGCCGCGAAUGCACGGGAUAAAAUGGCGCUUGCUUUCGUCCGUGCACCUCUAUCGACCGUGACGAACCGUUCGACGGGAUCGCGUCGGCAUCGCUCGCCGCGGCCCUUCUGAAGGAAUCAACGACAUCCCGUGUGCCACCCGUCUCGUCCUUCCUCCCCGUAUCCGGGGAUCCAUCGUCGAACGUUGUCGUGAUCGUCGUGCCCCUUUCUUUAUCUCCGCCGUCGGGGUACCGUGCGCCAAGUACCGUGUGUGUAUAUGUGUGUGCAAGUGCCGGAGAACAUCGAGAGCUAUGGAAAGCGGCAAUUUCGGAGCGAAGUGCCUGCCGAUGAUGGAGUGAAUUCUAGAUUCAGCAGCCAAUAAAACUGUUCUUCAUUUAUCAGUGAUAGACACUUGGAUCCACAUCGAAGAGUCGAACUUGCAAAGUGAAAUCCAAAAGUCUACUAUAUCACCAUGUAAAGUAAACGGAAAGAAUUAAUUUUCAUUCGCCAUAAUAAAAAAAAAAAAACCACAUGUUAUGGAUGAAACGAGACGACGUGUAAUUGCGUGUUUAACUCAGUGAUACUAGUUAUUGCGUGCAUCUCGACUUAUAACAUUGUUAUUUAUCCGAAAUCAAGAAGCAUCAUUAACAAGAAAAGCGGCAGCCGCGGAACGAUAAGCUGGAGCAUAAGCGAGCGAGGAAAGCUGUGGCCGGUGAAGAAGGAGGAGGUGGUGGUGGGUGACAAAGAGGGUGCAGGAAUUGAACGGUGGCGACUGGUGGUGACGGGCAAGACGAGGACGCGAGGCUUCGAGGAGGCAUGAGGAGGCGAGAGUGACGACACUGCAUCCUCGCGCUGAUCGUGAGAGGAGGACCGGCGGCCGUCCAUUGCGGCAGUGUGGGGCCCACACGGCGAUAAGAAUGGCCCCCUUCAAUAUGGCGGGCGUAGCAGGCCUCCUAGCCACCUGCGCCGCCGUUGCUGCUUCCGCUGCCCACCUUCUGCCGUUGCUGCUGCUGCUAAUCUGCCCGCGAGGGACCCAGGCGGAUCAAGUUGUUCUCUUGGACACGACGACAGAGGAGAAACUGGAUUGGACGAGAUACCCGUUCGGGCCUCAAGCUAGCACUCCCGGCUGGGUAGAGGAGUCUUUCACAAACUUCGACAAGGGUAUCAAUUGGCGGAGUUACGUUGUAUGCGACGUAGCGUACAACAAUGUGAACAAUUGGCUGUGGACGCCAUUCGUAGAGAGGGGUCCGGCGAACCGCAUGUACAUAGAAAUAAAAUUCACGACCCGCGACUGCUCACUAUUCCCCGGGAAUGCUCUGAGCUGUAAAGAGACCUUCAGUCUGCUCUACUACGAGUUCGACGCUGCUACUAAGGAACCGCCUCCGUGGGAGCCAGACAGUUAUAAACUUAUCGGUCGCAUUGCCGCGGGUGAGGGUAGAUUCAAUACGAACGCCGAAGUGGUAAUAAACACAGAGGUAAAGUCGAUACCGGUAACGAAGAAGGGCGUCUAUUUCGCUUUUCGCGAUCAGGGUGCCUGCAUAUCGAUUCUAGCCAUCAAGGUAUAUUACAUCAAUUGUCCCGAGAUCUCGGUCAACUUUGCCCGUUUCCCGUCCACGCCGACCGGUCGCGAAGUCGCGCUCAUUGAACAAACGCUCGGUAUUUGCGUCGAGAAUGCCGUCAAAAUCGCCCAGCCGACUUUCCUCUGCAAGGGAGACGGAAAGUGGUAUCUACCGACGGGUGGAUGUCAUUGCAAACCCGGCUAUCAAGCUGACGUUGAGAAGCAGCAAUGUAAGUUGUGCCCAAUAGGCAAGUUCAAGCACGAGGCGGGCUCCCACACCUGCGAACCAUGUCCGGAGCAUAGCAAAGCCUCCGAUUACGGCUUCACGGAGUGUCGUUGCGACCCGGGCUAUUAUCGGGCGGAAAAGGAUCCUAAGAAUAUGCCUUGUACGCAACCACCUUCGGCACCGCAAAACCUGACCGUCAACUUUGUCGAUCAGUCCACGGUGAUCCUUUCCUGGAACGCGCCGCAUAUGCAAGGUGGCAGGUCCGAUACAACUUAUAAAGUGGUCUGCGAUGCUUGCAGCACGGAUGUCAAAUACAUUCCCAAUACUGAAACCUUCAACGACACGAAGAUCACGAUAACUGGUCUGAACGCGGUGACUACUUAUCGCUUCCAAGUAUUCGCCCAGAAUGGCGUAUCGUUAUUAACCCAAAAGAAGGAAUACGUCGACAUUACUGUUACAACAGAAGCCAGUGUGCCGAGUCUAGUGAGCAACGUCAGGAUCACGAGUGUCAAGAGCUCGGAACUUAGCAUCAGCUGGGACGCGCCAGUCAUCGAAGUCGGCGGGGACAGCGAUCUCGUCGAACGAUACGAAGUGAGGUGUUACCCGCGCUAUGACGACGCCACUAAUGCAACCGUCAUUCAAACGUCUGAGCUGUCCGCCACGUUCAAAGGCCUAAAGGCUUCCACGGAUUACGCGAUACAAGUUCGCGCCAAGACCACCCGCGGCUGGGGCGAGUAUACGCCGGUGGUAUUUAAGAAAACACCCCACGCCAUGGGUUUAGACUACGUCGGCGAGGAUGACAACAUGCAAGUUAGAAUAAUCGCAGGAGCAAUCGUCGCUGUCGUCGUACUUCUUGUGAUUAUUAUCAUCAUGACGGUUUUGAUCCUUAGAAGCAGAUUCAUGCGAUUCAUGCGAUUUCGUUGCAGCAGGGCCUCGGACGAGUGCAACAAGAAGCAGCCCAGCGACUGCGAUACUCUGGAAUAUCGAAAUGGCGAAGGACUAGUUGUGACCUACAUGCACUGCAAAAUGGACAGUUCACCGAUUGUGACAACCCAUACCAACAACAAGAGCAAGUCCUCGCUGACCACGCCGCUAUUCACACCUGCAGUGGGGGUCGCCGCGGCAGGCGCAGGCGGCGCAGGCGGUGCAGGUGCGAGGAGUUAUGUGGAUCCUCACACAUACGAGGAUCCGAAUCAGGCUGUACGAGAAUUCGCCCGCGAAAUCGACGCCGGAUACAUCACGAUAGAGGCAAUUAUAGGUGGCGGAGAAUUUGGCGAUGUCUGCCGAGGGAAACUGAAGCUGCCUCCCGAUGGACGGACGGAAAUAGACGUGGCCAUAAAAACGCUGAAGCCGGGCUCAGCGGACAAGGCACGUAACGAUUUCCUGACAGAGGCGUCGAUAAUGGGUCAGUUCGAGCAUCCCAACGUGAUAUUCUUGCAAGGCGUUGUAACGAAAAGCAAUCCGGUGAUGAUUAUCACGGAAUUUAUGGAGAAUGGCAGCCUGGACACUUUUUUGCGUGCUAACGACGGCAAGUUUCAAGUACUUCAAUUGGUGGGGAUGCUGCGCGGCAUUGCCAGCGGUAUGCAGUAUCUCGCGGAGAUGAACUACGUGCAUCGCGAUCUUGCCGCGAGAAACGUGUUAGUCAACGCUGCUCUGGUUUGCAAAAUUGCCGACUUUGGACUCAGUAGAGAGAUCGAGAGCGCCACGGAGGGAGCUUAUACGACCAGGGGCGGUAAAAUCCCGGUACGGUGGACUGCACCGGAAGCGAUAGCUUUCCGUAAAUUUACCAGCGCCUCCGACGUAUGGAGCAUGGGCAUCGUAUGUUGGGAGGUAAUGUCGUAUGGCGAGAGACCGUAUUGGAAUUGGUCGAAUCAAGAUGUGAUAAAAUCGAUCGAGAAGGGCUACAGGCUUCCAGCGCCGAUGGAUUGUCCAGAGGCUAUCUACCAGCUGAUGCUCGAUUGCUGGCAAAAGGAACGCACCCAUCGGCCGACCUUCGCCAAUCUCACACAGACUUUGGACAAGCUUAUACGAAGCCCGGACACGCUGAGAAAAAUUGCUCAGAACAGGGGCACAAAUCCACUGGCGCCGGACGCGGUGGACUUAACGCAAUUGACUUCUGUCAGUGAAUGGCUGGCUUCCAUCAAGAUGUCACGAUACGCGGAAAGCUUCGAGCAGGCAGGCGUAACGACGCUGGAGGCUGCGGCGCGAGUCACCGUUCAAGAGCUUACGGCUCUUGGUAUAACGCUCGUGGGACAUCAGAAAAAGAUUAUGAACAGCGUGACGGCGUUACGAGCGCAGAUGUCGGCCACCUCGCAAGGUUUUCUCGUGUAAUAGGCCACGAUAUAUUAGGAAUAUUCAAAUCCUGUAAAGGGGAUUGUACGUAAGAAUCGGUCAAUCGGCAUAGAAUUUCACUAUCCCAUGGAUCUCACGAAUUUCCAUUCUUCUCCGAGAUGUCCCGUGAGACAAACCGCGAGAGACGACGAACCGUGUAUCAUCUAGAACUCGUGAUUACCUAGUCAGAGCGAGAAUGUCCUCGAGAGAAUAUCUCUUCGCGCACAAUGUAGAUCCGGUAAAGUAGUUCAGUGAUUGACUGAGGUGAAUCUUUCUGAAUGAACACCUCGAAACAACGCAAACGCCGUCUCAUCGAGAGAUUCCAAAUACUCGUACUGCAGACAUUCCAUGUUAACGAGAAUCGAAAAGAUUCAUUUAGAACUCCCCUCAACAAAGCCAGGAGGAAACAAGAAAGUACGAAUAUGUAUUCGUUAUCUCGCAUUUAAACCACAUACAACGACUUAUGAAACUCGUAGGUACAUCUACUGCGAAACUUUCGCAUAAAUAAUAUCUAUAAAUGUCAAAAGAAUCACACUUGUGAUAACGUAUAAUGUCAUUCUCACGUCUUCAGAUCAAUCAAAACAUUGUAAAAAAAUCGCUCUAAAAGAUAUUUGGCGGGAUCAAUGUAACACAUUUUCUUAUACGAAUAACGAGCAUCGAUUUUAUCUUUCAUUUCCUAGAUCGUUUUCGUGAUCGAUGUACCUAAAAAUCAGACUGCCAACGGAGAUGCACGAACCAUCUCUAUAAUCACUGCCGCAAAAUCAUGUUAAAUCUUUCAUCACUAAUGUGAACAGUCUUUUGUUUUACUUUAAAAUCCUUGUGUAAACUGUUGAAUUGUAAUAUGCUUAUAUUUUUCUUCGAAGAUUCAUUAAGAUUUGCAGUCGAAUUUUUUAUUCGUUGCGCUUGCAUCUUAUGGCAUUUUGUACUGAGACAGCUUUAUCUAGUAUGUAUUAUAUAUAUCUGCGAUAUAAAGCAUUAAACGACGAGCUACAUGUCGGCCUAAAUGUCAUUUGAACACGUCUGCUCCUGGGCCUCGCUUUUUCUAAGUAUACUAAAGUUAUGUCUCUCUUUACGUAACAAUCGAUAUAGCAAUGUGCGUCUCAAAGAGAAACAAUGAUUUAGAAAAAUAGAGAACCGUAUCACGAACUGUACCAAAAGCGGACCGUAAUAGAAUUUCCGAUAUUCAUUAUUUCGUGUAGCGAAUGUAGCGAAUACAUUACAUUAUCGUACGUCGCCUCGACAAUGCAUACAAUUAACAGAACAAGGACGAAUUACGAAUUAUGAAUGAGAGUGAGUGUUUGCGAAAUAUCUUUAUUAACUUUACGAAGGAUAAAUUACGCAGUUUUUAUCUUCGCGUCACCUAUAUAAGAAUGUCGUAUUACACGGCCUAUAUGGGAAUAUAUCUUUCGAUUAUAAGAAAAACAACAAAACGACAAAACGGACAAGGCGGAUAUGUGCCAACGCGAGUGUGCAAGAGUUAUUUUAGCGCAAACACGAUGUAAGCGAGAGGAUGCGAAUGAACGCGUGCGAGUUGUGUGCAUGAAAUUGAGAGAAUCUACAGCCCGCUCUUCGCGCUAUAUUCGUAUGUACACGAGCGUGCGAUCACGAAAAAUUAUUCUAUAUACGUAUAAAGGAUAUCUAUUGUAUUAUAAAUACGCGAGAUAUAUCGACCAGAAAGGAGGAACGAAAAAAAUUUUAUCGAUUUUAAGAGAAAUCGCCUAAUGACACCGCGAGGAAUAUCUGUUCUCGCUCCAGAAGACAAAGAGCACGAUAAAGUGAGAAAAUGAAAAAGACAGUUUCGAACGCGUCCCACUACAGCAAGCAAUGCGUCAACAUAUCAACAUUAUUCGGAAUGCAAAGCGAGCAAGGCAGAAAGGGACUUGCGUGCAUGAAUUUAUCGUUGCUCCGAUAUCUCGAGUCAACACGACUCCGUUUCUUCCCUAGCGGAUUCUAGCGAAUGACGAAAAAGAAAAACUAAAAAAAAGAAAAGAAUGUAAAAAAAAGAAUGUAAACACGUAAACAGUAUGAGAUGUGCGGACAAAAUACGUAUACGCGAGCGACGAUGCGCGCAAUAAAGGCAUCAAGGCUCAAUGAUGAAAUGAUCUUCAUCGAACGAUUUAUUUCUUCAUUUUCAUAGCUCGAUCGAGGAAUUUCCUCGUGCAAAGCAACGUCCAUUCCAAUAUACAUGUAUCCGCGUAAUAGGAAAUUUUUUUUCUUUUUCUUGGAAAACAAAAGAAAAAAAAGGAAGAGAGAGAACCAGAGGCUUGCUUCAUCGUAUCUCGUUACAUCCGUAUUUGCUAAGCGUAAAGACUGUUUCUCGGGUCGCGAUACCCAUAAUACAUACGUUAUCGGCUAUUUGUUCUUAAAGAGACUAACAGGGCAGAGAGAAAUAUAUAUAUAUAUAUAUAUAUAUAUAUAUAUAUAUAUAUAUAUAUACAUACACACAGAAAAAUAUCACUCAUGAGAUUAAAACGGCUUCCAAGUGAAUCCGGAGAAAUUCUUAUCCUUUAAUUUAACGAUUUAACGUGUUUUAGUAAUAUAUUGUCAACGAUGUUGAAACGACGAUGAAUGAGAGCGGAAGGUACGCUUCAACAGGCGAGAUUUUCUGCUCGAUCAAAUAUACAAAAUGGAUAACGAUAAAGCGAACGACGUAACGCUUCGCAGUCAGUUAAUUCUCUAUCCUCCCUAUCUUUAAUCACAAAAAGACGACGCGUCUGCGAAGCGUGCCGAACGGAUUAAAAUCGUCUGAUUUCGCUUCUAUCUCGAAGCACGAUCCAACAAUACUUCGACCGUUCGUACAUAAAAUAUUGCUCGAGAUCAUACUCGUAACGUUAUAAAAAAAUACCGAGAUACGUCCUGGUGUCUUUCGGUUUGCUGUGCCACCUUCCGCGUUCGUUUCGCGAAAAAGGAAAAGAGAAACGAAAAGCGGAAGACGUGAGCAAAACCUCACUUAGGAAAAAAAAGCGAGAGAGAAAGGGUAAGCUACUGAAAAUGGCGACGAUUAAGAAGCAAUAAGUGAAUACACGCAAAUGCAGAUUUUUAUAUAGAGAAUGUUAACAAAUUUCAGAUGAUAUUAAUUAUAGCGCUAUCUUCCUAAAUGUUCGUAUUAAAGGUUAAACAAAAAAAAAUACGAUAAAACGUAAGAUGAGAUCGCGCGGAGUCCCAACCGAAAAAGAGGAAGGAAACAAAAGUUGUACGCGAGUCGAAUUCGCGCCGCGAUCAAUUGUAAUAAAGUUCGGUCGGAACUCCACGAACGAGAGAGAUUCUUAAAAAUUUUCAAGCUGUAACUAUCUGUGUUUUAGCGAUGAAUCUGCGAGUGCGACCUGAAGUUUUGAGGAUGUUGUUAAUUUCGACAAAUCGAUAUUUAGAUUUCAUAGAGGUCUAUCAAUAUCACACACAUACACACACACGGCCAUGUGUAGGCGUAAGAGAAAAUAUACGCGAAAUUGAAGGUGUGUCAAUCGAUAGCGAAAGUAUCUCGUGUACUAAUCCGAUUUUUUUUUAUAUCGACUCCAAAAUCUUGGAUCCCUUCCACCAUUAUAUAAAUUAUUUUUUUUUUUACAUAAAAAAUACGCGUUACACUUUCAAAGCUUUUGAUCGUACUUCACAUGUCACGUAUAUUUUGGUAUAUAUUAUGGUUAUCUCGUAUACACGUAAAGGCUUUAUUAAAAAAGAGUGUGUGAAACGAGAUCGAACAGAAAAGAGCGGCAGGAAAAAGCCUGGAAAAUCAAAAUUGCUUCAAUAUGCAUCUUGUUACAGUGAAUUUUUAUCCGCUCAUUUAUUCAUUAUUUUUUCUUCUGAUAAAGAGAAAGCGAGAACGAGAUAAUUAAAAGGAAAAAUUGUCAAAUCGUCUCUCGCAUUUUGCUUAACUCUUUAAUCGAUUUUAAUUCAAUUAUAUUACUAUUUAUUAAAAACAAAGAAACUUAUUUAUUGUUUAGAGAUCUGAUUAAAUUGCAAAACGUUUUAAUUAUAUCGUAAAUUAUCUAUUAUUAUUUAGCGACGAGAGAUGGAAGGGGCAGAGUGACGCGUUCUUUCCCCAGUUUGGGAAUUUUCGAGAAAACUCUGUCGUGUAAAAAAGAAGAAACGAAGCUACAUCUACAGUGAUAAAUACGAUCGUUGUAUCGAAUUUGUGUACAUGCAGCUAUUAUAUUAUAUUAUAUUUAGUUAAGCGUUUAUUAAAUGAUUUACGCGAGCGCAUUGUUUUUUAUCCUUAUUUUCUACAAGUCUAUUUACAGCGAACUCUGUCAAAGUACCUGCUUCGAAAAAAACGAAAAUGAUAAAAUCUGCGAAAAAAGAAAAGCACAUUAAAAACAGGUACCGUCCCAUAUAUUAAACAGAACUCACAGAACAUGCGUACAUACCAUAUUCACACUCACACGCACACAGUCAUACACGCAUUCUAUCAUACAUACAUACAAUAAUUUAUAUACACUCGCCGAGCUGAGUUUUCAAUAAAAUUGGUUAAGCGAAUCGCCUCCGUGUGUCUUCGAUUCAUUGUAUAAAGGAAAAUACAAGAAAAAAAGCAAGCAAAGAGUUACUGUCGACAAAUUUUGGAACAUGUCUAAAACAUUUUUCCUAUGGUGUUGUCAAGACGAUGUUGAAUGUACAUAAGAUAUAAUAAAUAAUAUACCUUAUACGAUGUAAAAAAAA